UCGAGUAGCGAUGGAGGCGCCCGAGCUGUGGGUCGGGUUCGUGGGCGCCGGGCGCAUGGCCGGGGGGCUCGUCCGAGGGCUGCUGCAGGCAGGGAAGGUUCCAGCCAGCAACAUCCUGGCCAGCGCUCCCUCGGACAAAAACCUGGAUGCUUGGAGGGAGUUGGGCUGCCGGACCACGCAUUGCAACCUGGAAGUGGUGCACAGGAGCACCCUGGUCUUCCUGGCCACCAAACCCCACAUCCUGCCGGGGGUCCUGGAGGAGAUCCGUCCUGCUGUGGGGUCCCACCACAUCGUUGUGUCACUGGUGGCUGGUGUCACCAUCCAGACACUGCAGCGGCUCCUCCCGCCCUGGACCAAAGUGCUGCGGAUCAUGCCCAACCUGCCCUGCGUGGUGCAGGCGGGGGCCAUGGUCUUCUCCCGGGGCAACAACGCGGGUGACGAGGAAGCCGCGCUGCUCAAGAGCCUCCUGUCCUCCUGCGGCCUCUGCGAGGAGGUGCCCGAGUCCUACAUCGACAUCCACACCGGGCUCAGCGGCAGCGGCGUGGCCUACGUGUACCUGUUUGCCGAGGCGCUGGCCGAGGGGGCGGUGAAGAUGGGAAUGCCGGGCGCCUUGGCCAGCAGGAUCGCGGCGCAGACGCUGCUGGGUGCAGCCAAGAUGCUGCUGGAGACGGGGGAGCACCCGGCCAAGCUGCGGGGGGACGUCUGCACGCCCGGGGGCACCACGAUCUACGCCCUGCACCAGCUGGAGAAGGGAGCGCUCCGCGCCACCGUCAUGGAUGCCGUGGAGGCGGCCACCAACCGGGCGUGUGACAUGGCCAAGGACUAGUGGAUGAGCCCCUUCUGGGACAGGAGGGGUGAUGGGGACCAAAGGGAGCUCCUCUGAGGAGUAGGGCGAUCCUGGCAUCUUCAGGAGAACCUGGAUGGGGGUGGGAGGAGGUGGGGACACGUGUUACCUCUGCAGGGCUGGAACCAAAUAAACGUGGCCAGAGCAAUGGGGCUGUGGCUUUUUGUGGUCCCUGGGGGGCUGUGGAAGCCACCAUGGGAAGGUGACAUCCAUAGUUUCCGGGGAUGGAGCCAGUGCCAUACUGGCUGCCUGGUCACUGGAGAUGGUGGUGGAACCAAGGCCACCAAGGCUGAAGCUGGUGUGGGAUGUGCAGCACUGGGGAGAGAUUUUUGGGCAUGGGGUGAUCCCAAUUUAACCCUGCUGGGGCUGGGAGAAUGGCUGUAUCCCUGUGGUCAGAGCCACAUCCAUGAGGAUGCUGCCCACGUUCCAAAACUAUGGACAAGAGCUCAACCAGCCAAAAAAA